UAUGUUAAGGCUCUUUCUCCUCUUCCCACACUCCCCAGCUUUCAGAAGGAGCUUCUUUCCCCUGGAUAUGGAAUUCUUCAUUCUGAUAGUCCUCAGCAUUGGAUUUUGCCAAGCCAGUUCUCUCCAACAAGAAGUAGAUUGUGAUGAUCCAGAAGUCGUCGAUGCUGUGGCUAGGGCAAUAAAAGUGCUUAAUGAAGACCAAAGACAUAGAAACAAAUUUGCUCUUAAUGACAUCCUUCAUGCCUACAGAACAGCAGGCCCUGGAAAAAAAAUCCAUGUCAUCUAUGAAGCAAGAGAAACCACAUGUCCUAUUGCUGCAGAUGAACCCUGGCAAAACUGUGACCUUUUAGGGAUCUUGGAAGGACAAUCUGCAAACUGUACAGCUGACAUUGAUAUUCAUGAGUCAGAAAAGCUUCCCUCCAUUUCACAGAAAUGCAAAAUUAACCCGGGCCCGGAGAAUGUGCGAUCCCAUGCUCAAUGCCGAGGUUGCUGGCAUCCCAUAGACACUAACAGUUCGGAAGUGCAUUCUAUUGUGAGACACACCAUACAGCAAUUUAACAAUCAGAGUAACCACAGUUCCUUAUUUCAACUUAGGAUAAUAAUAAAAGCUCAACGUCAGGUGGUUAAUGGAUGGAAUUACCAUUUGGAAUAUUCGAUAAAAGAAACAAAUUGUUCUAAGAAUACAUUUCAAGAUCUGAAUCCAGCAUGUAGACCCCUUCCUGGAGGUCAAGGAGGUUCCUGUACAGCUUAUGCCUACGUUGACAGUACAAACACACUGGUGUCUGCUGAACAGGCGUGCAGACUUCAAGUUGAGGAAAGGGUGAGCUCUUCUGAAGUGUGCGCUGGUUGCCCCAUCAAGAUUCCACGAGAUAGCCCAGAACUGAAGAAGCUUCUGGAAACUGCUUUGGAAUUAUUUAAUGAAAAAAGCAACAGGGACUUCUAUUUCAAAGUUGUAAAAGUAACAAAAGCAACAUCACAGGUUGUGGCUGGAAUAAUGUAUCGAUCUGACUUCAAAAUUCAGGAGACAAAUUGCUCCAAGGCUGAGGUUGAGAAGCCAGAUGAACAUUGUACUGUUGUGGAAGACGGUGAACUGUUGUUCUGCCAGGCCUUGGUUCAUAUGAAACUCGGGGAGCCAUCAAUCCAACCUCAAGUAAACUGCACAGACCGACCAGCUAUACAGCUUGCUUUUAGACCUCCGGGUUUUAACCCUUUCACAAGACGUAGGUGACCUCUUGUCAAAACAGAACUACAAGAGCUGAGGAAGAAUUUCGUCCUGCUUCUAGAAGAUCCUACACUCGGGGAAAUAGACCAAGAUGUGGCCACACCCAUGGCCACAGACAUGGGCAUAAAAAGCCAACACAGAUUCUUUCCGAAGAAUUUUAAGCUAGACGAAUGGUAUAGCCAUUUGUUAACUUCAAGUCCAUUGCUCAUUUCAAAAUAUUCUCUGAAAGAGGAAGUUACCAGUAGAUAUUUUACUGUCUGAAGUAAUUGGCAGAGAGUCAAACAAGAAUUUUAAUUCAGUCAGCUCAGCCAGCAAACAAUAUGCAUAACUGCUUUCUGCAGCAAACCAAUGUCAUACUUGCAUUCAAAUCUGGCAAGAAAAUAAUUCCUUGGAAGAGAAAUGGGGCCUUUGCAUUCACCCAUGGGUGAAUUAUGUUGUUUCAUUAUAAUCUAAAUUAGCCAGGCUUCCUUGGGUAGAAUUGUAAUGGUGUGCUACUUUUCUAUACCUGAUUACAAUGAUUAUUUUAUGACGAAUUUGUAGUAACUGCAUUGAAUUCAGUAUAAUUAUAUUAAUGAAUCCACUCUUUUUGUUACUGGCUUGCCAUACAUUUGAUUGCACACCCUUCCUUGUCUAAUAAAUAAAAGACACGUAUCAAAGCACAUGAGGGCUAAACUUGCUUCAUUUGAAAUACCAGAAAAGUAUUGAGGUCUUAGCCAAACUUACGAGCAAAAAGAUCCAUAAGUAACUGAGGUGGGCUGUUCUAACCUCCCCUACCUCACCUCAGGAGUGGGUGACACUGUCAUGUUCCCGUUCCGAUGUUUAUGGUUCCUCGUAACGUUUCACAUGUCAUGUCUGCAGUUGCGUGCCUGCCUGGCCACGCUGGUAAAUUUCCUUUGUGCUGACUUGUGAUCUUCUGGAAUGUAUGUUUGGGUUAUCUCUGCUGUUCAAGGUUACUUUCUCAGGCCGAUUCUAACGGUUGCUAGCAUCUGGGGUGGGUGGUUGCUAUGCUAGCCUGAGGGGAGGGUUCGCAACGGGAGCAAGGCUUUUUAAGUUUGUAUUUGGCACGCUUUUGCUCAUUCUCAGCUUUCUUCGUACUUUGCAUACUAUUCAUUCAAUAAAGCAGUUUUCUCUAGUAA